AUGAGUUAUUAUGGUGAUUGGUAUUACUAUUACCCACAAAAUCAACAACAGCAAGGUCAGGAACACCAACAACAACAACAACAACAACAACAACAACAACAACAACAACAACAGCAACAACAGCAACAACAACAGCAGCAGCAGCAAGAACAUCAAGAAAACCAAGCUCUUCCAGGACUUUCAUUGCCGGUACAACAAGCAGGGAUGGUGUCAGGUCAUCAGCAGGGCCAGCAUCCUCAGCAGCAGCAGCUCUCGCAGCAGCAGCUCUCGCAGAAGCCACAGGCGGUUAAUCAGCAAUCGGGUCUAGUUCCUGGCCAGCGUCACAACCAGCAGGAGCAGCAGCAGGAGCAGCAGAUGUACUGUUACUACUAUCCGCAGCAGUAUUCUAACUACCCUUAUUAUUACACAACCGGUGGGGCCGCCUCGGGCCACUUGGCUAAUAAUGCUGCUACUCAGAAUUCGCCGACCUUACCUUCGGUUGCCCCUGUGUCGUCGACAGCACUCAAGACGUGUUCUUCGGUUGGGGGUGCAGGUUCAUCGUCCAUUGGCGGUGCGUUACGUGCAGAAGAUCAUCACCAGCACCACGGUGCUGGCGCUGGUGCUGGUGCCGCCGCUGCUGCCGCAAGAUAUCGGCUAGGGACGUGUCCUCAACCAACUGCAUAUCAGUAUCCAGGGUUUCAGACGUCGCCCUCGUCGUCGUCGUCGGUCUUUGCGCAUGUUGCUAGCCCUGCUGCUGCUGCUGCUGCUUCCACCACUGCUGCCGCCGCCACCACUGCUACUACUACUGCUAAUCAACGGUAUUCUGCGUAUAACCAGGUGACAGAUCCACAGCAAGAUCGGCAGUAUGCGCAGCAGCAGAAGCACCACCAGCAUACAACUUACCAGCGGCAGCAGCGACAGCAACAGCGACAGCAGCAAUCGCCGCCGCAGCAGCAGCAACCGCAGCAACCCCUGCAUCAUCAGCAGCAACCGGCGCAUGCUUAUCCACACGGCCAUUCGCAUGCUGCCCAGUAUUAUAGGUCCACUGCGGGAUUAAAUACAUAUGAGGACGUUCCUCCUACUGCUGCAACAUUAACUGCAACCACAACACCCACCCCUGUUCCUACAACAAAUACAUCCCUACAGAGCAACUCUCCUGGACUAGUGAAGCAGCAGACCUACAUAGAACCGAUACCUUCUGCAAUUCCUCAUAACAGCGUGGCAGCAAUGGGAGGUGGUGGAGGGUCAGGGGCAGUCUCUGCAUCGUACCGUUCUAGUGUCAUGCCCACGCCUACGGCAGGUGUAGGCGAAAUGUCGGUUUCAGGGGCAACUGUGAAAAAGGGCAAAGUUUCCAAUGGAAUUCUCAACACCCCAGCUGCCUCGCUCUCUCUCGAUUCGGCGCCGCAAAUGCAGACGGCGGCAACGGCGGCUACGGCUACGGCUACGGCUGCGGCUGCAGCAUCUUCUGCAACACCAGGCCAUAGCAGUAAUAGCAGUGGCUUCGAAAUACAGGGUCCAAGAGUUACGACCACAAUGUGGGAAGAUGAACAUACUCUGUGUUACCAGGUUGAGGCCAACAGUGUCAGUGUGGUCCGCAGAGCAGACAACGAUAUGAUAAAUGGCACAAAAUUGUUGAAUGUUGCAAAGAUGACCCGCGGUAGAAGAGACGGCAUUUUAAAAGCAGAGAAAGUUAGGCAUGUUGUCAAGAUUGGAUCAAUGCAUUUGAAGGGCGUUUGGAUCCCAUUUGAACGCGCAUUGGCUUUGGCCCAGCGUGAAAAGAUUGUCGACAUAUUAUUCCCUUUGUUUGUCCGUGACAUACAGAGCUUCAUACAGCAAACCUGUACCACUAACGGGCUUGCACACGUAGGAGUAGGUCCCAAGUUGGGCAAGAUUGUUCAAUCAUCGGUUGCUGCGGCUGGAACAACAGCACCUUUGAUCAUGGCAUCACAAUUUUCGUCACAGGACCAGCAGCAACAAGCGCGCCAAACCCAGAAGGCAGAACAGAAAGCGCAGCAGCAAGCGCAGCAGCAAGCGCAUCAAGCUCAUCAAGCUCAUCAAGCUCAUCAAGCUCAUCAAGCUCAUCAAGCUCAUCAAGCUCAUCAAGCUCAUCAAGCUCAUCAAGCUCAUCAAGCUCAUCAAGCUAAUCAAGCUCAACAGCAUGCGCUGCAAGCUCAACAGCACGCACAAGAACAACAGCAAGCACAAGAACAACAGCAAGCACAACAGCAACAGGUACAAAAUCGUCGGUCAUCUACAACAGCUGCUAAUCCACAAAAGCAGUCUCCGUACUUAUUGAAUACGUACCCUACACAAUCUUACUGCACAAGGGAAAGUUACUUACCCCAACCGUUUGCAUAUUCGUACGAAAACAAUGGUGGCGCCCAAUCUAACUAUGGUUAUUCUUCUGCGGGACCAACUUCCGCAGCAUCCAUUGGCAACGUCACAAGUGUUUCCCGCCAACCACCGCGCGGUCAAUCGCCUUUUCAAGCAUUAACCCAAGUUGGUGCGUUGGCGCAGAAACAGUUGAACUCCAAAGAACAACUACCAUUACCAAUAGCUCCUAUCGGUGCCUGUGGUGGUGGGGGAGGGAACUCCAGUUAUUCCUCUGCUGCUGCCGCGGCCGCGGCCGCGGCAGCGGCAGCUGCUGCUACAACCGCUCCCUUCCUGCAACAUGCACAACAAGGCUUCCCUCCAAGAAGAGAGGAUCUCCAAAGCCACCACCAUGUUGGAAGUCUUAAACAUGAUGACACCUCUGCUACUGUACUUCCGCCUCCGCAAUCUCUCAUAUCCCAACGUGAUCCAACUUCCUUGACUACAACACGUACAGGAACGACGGCUACAAACUCCAUCACUUCCGCAGCCUCUAUGCGUGUGGGCCAUCACCACCACCACCAUCUAGGCACCAAUACAAACUCCAUUGCUACUCUUGCCUCCACUGUCACUUCGGAUCAUCCUGGACAUGUUGUGUAUCCUGCUAAAGAAUAA